CUUCAGCUGUAGAAGAGGAGCGAGCCGACAUCAGCUGUAGUUUGUUGCACGAAGUACCUCUUUAUUAUUCCUGUAGCUUGAAAAAUAAACGCAAGAAACAACCAAACGAAUAAAUAAAACAAGCAGCCGCAGCGUUUUCAAGUCCAGCGGUUAACGGGUGAAGCCAACCGCCGCCUGCCGUUGCCACAGAAACAGAUAAGAGGCUAACGGGGGAUAGCAUCACAUCUAAACCCGGCAAACAAAGAGCUCCUUUUUUUUCCAACGACAUCAUUUUUCCUCCGUAUUCUCUAGUUAUGAGUCAUGUGGCCGUCGAGAAUGUCCACGGUCUAGAGCAGCAGCUCGCUGUCCUAGACUUGAGUGCAGCAGACGGACAAGGUGGAGGCACUAACAGUAAGCAGUCGACAUGUUUUUGGCGAUACAUUCCUCCACAUUUACGGAACAAAGACGCUUCCAAAAAUGCAGGAAACGCCUUCGCUGCCGGUCGACAGGGUGGCUACACCAUCGCGCCCGCAGCCAACUAUGGUUGGGACGGGGGGCGCAACAACUUCGUCAACGGCUACCAUGACAACCGCAUGACCGCCGGCAACUCGUUCAACCGCGGCCCGCCUCGCAUGGAGCGGGGCCGAGGCGGUGUAGGAGGAGGUUACCGCGGCAACAGGGCCGGAGCCUUCAACCCCAUCAACCCGGCGCAGCCGAUGGGCUUCGCCAGCUACGAAAACAAAGACGCCGGCGGCUGGAACACUGCCAAGGACGCCUAUAGCAGUUUUGGUAACAACCGAGGGAAGUCUGCGUUCUUCAAUGACCGAGGCAACGCGAACAGAGGGAGGUUUGAACAUGGUGGAUUUGGCGGCGGUGGAGGAGGAGGAAACAGCCGCUGGGUGGAGGAGUCCAGAGACGACGGAGACUGGUCGAAACCGACGCCACGGAACGAACGCCUUGAACACGAGCUGUUCUCCGGCAGCAACACCGGCAUCAACUUUGAGAAGUACGACGACAUUCCUGUUGAGGCCACGGGACAGAACUGCCCUCACCACAUCGAGAGUUUUCAAGAUGUGGACAUGGGCGAGAUCGUCAUGGGCAACAUUGCUCUGAGCCGUUACACCAGGCCGACCCCGGUCCAGAAAUACGCCAUCCCUAUCGUCAAGUCGAAGCGAGACCUCAUGGCCUGCGCACAGACGGGUUCUGGGAAGACUGCUGCAUUCCUGCUGCCGAUUCUGAGCCAGAUCUACACCGAGGGACCAGGAGAAGCUCUCAGCGCGGCUAAAGCGUCUGGACAGGAAAAUGGAAAGUUUGGCCGCCGUAAGCAGUACCCCAUCUCACUGGUACUGGCUCCAACCAGAGAACUGGCUCUGCAGAUUUAUGAUGAAGCCAGGAAGUUCUCCUACCGCUCCCGAGUGCGUCCCUGUGUCGUGUACGGAGGAGCAGACAUCGGUCAGCAGAUCAGAGACCUGGAGAGAGGCUGUCACCUGCUGGUGGCCACGCCGGGAAGACUGGUGGACAUGAUGGAGAGGGGCAAGAUCGGACUGGACUACUGCAACUACCUGGUCCUGGACGAAGCAGAUCGCAUGUUGGACAUGGGAUUCGAACCGCAGAUAAGACGCAUCGUUGAACAGGACACCAUGCCGCACAAAGGCAUGCGACAAACCAUGAUGUUCAGCGCGACCUUUCCUAAAGAGAUCCAGAUCCUGGCCAGGGAUUUCCUGGAGGAGUACAUCUUCCUGGCGGUGGGCAGAGUUGGUUCCACUUCAGAGAACAUCACUCAGAAAGUGGUGUGGGUGGAAGAAAGCGAUAAGAGGUCUUUCCUCCUGGACCUCCUUAGCGCUACAGUCAUCCCCAGCGAGGUACAGGACAGUACUGGAGACAGCAUAGAGAAACCUGGGAAGGACUCGCUCACUCUCGUUUUUGUGGAGACCAAGAAAGGCGCCGACGCCUUGGAGGACUUCCUGUACCGGGAGGGCUACGCCUGCACCAGUAUCCACGGCGACCGCUCCCAGAGAGACCGCGAGGAGGCGCUGAACCAGUUCAGAUCAGGAAAAUGCCCCAUCCUGGUGGCCACAGCGGUAGCAGCUCGAGGUCUGGACAUCUCCAACGUGAAGCACGUUAUCAACUUUGACCUGCCCAGCGACAUCGAGGAGUACGUCCACCGUAUCGGACGUACAGGUCGAGUCGGAAACUUGGGACUGGCCACGUCGUUCUUCAAUGAUAAAAACGGAAACAUCACGAAGGACCUGCUGGACAUCCUGGUCGAGGCCAAACAAGAAGUUCCCUCGUGGCUCGAGAGCCUGGCUUACGAACACCAGCACAAAAGCAGCAACCGAGGACGCUCUAAGAGGUUCUCUGGCGGUUUCGGAGCACGUGAUUAUCGCCAAACAGCCGCAGGAGGAAACGCCGGAGGGUUCGGAGGACGUGGAGGUCGCAAUCAGGCGGGACACGGAGGAACGCGCGGCUUUGGAGGAGGUGGUUUCGGCAACUUCUACACCAGCGACGGCUACGGCGGCAACUACUCGCACUCUCAAGUUGACUGGUGGGGCAACUAGGUUCCUCCACCCCCCUUCCUUCACUCAUCCCUCUUACCUCCUCUCACUCACCCUCCCUCCACACUGUUGUCUGCGCCCCAUCCGUCUCCUCUCCAUUAACCCCCCCGAGAGCCAACGUGCAUGUUAUUAAAAUAUUUAUACUCAUUUAUAUAGACCUCCUUCCACCCCGACGCAUCCUCCCAAGAUUUUACUCCACCUUCGUCUUUACUUGCGUUUGAAUUCUGAAGUCCUGGUGAGUCUCGCCUCUAAGAACAGGCCACGUUAGAAAGGGAUUCGUCGGUGUGAGCCACAGAUUUAAUUGUUUGCUUCCAUCUAGCAGCAUCUUUUGGUUUCAGUGAGGACAUGUUGAAUAAUUUCCCCUCUGUGGCUUCAAUCCCUCAGAUUAGACACCCACAGUCCGAUAACACGGCCGAUCAGGGGGAAUCCAGUCUUUUCACUUUUAGGUUUGAGUUUUGGCUUCGUGUUGCCAGCCAGGCGUCCCCGUGUUCCCUUCACAUGUCAUCUUUGUAUCGUAAUGCAUGGCCAUGUUGUAAAUCACCGGCCAACAGAAAAAAAACAAAAAAAAACUUUUCUAAAACAUCUCGCGGAGACGUGCGAGACGUCAAAUCUGAAAAAAACAAACAAAGGUCUGCAUUUAAAUUUAAAACGGGAACUGGCUGAAGCUUCUUCACUCGACAUGACAGAUACUUUAAAAAAAAAAAAAAAGCGGCCACAGAAACAAUGUUUUUAAGAGAGAGAGAAAAAAGUUUGGUUUUAUUUUUCCACCUUUUUAAAACAUUUUGAUUUUCUGAGCUCUGAGAACGACGUCCGACAGAGACGGGAGAGGCCGGACGAGCCGGCGUCGCCCGUUAGUAGUUAAUGUCACGACUACGAACAGCGUUUUUCUUUUAUUUUGAAACAAAACACAAUGGAGGAUCAUUUGUUUAUGUACUGUGCCUUUUAAGAAUUUGAACUUUGUCUCUUAUUUCCGUUGUUUUUAUUGCCAUAAUGCGUAAACUGGCUACAAGUAUUGGCCAACUGUGACUAAAAAACAAACAAGUAUUUAAUGUCAUGUAUGGGUUUAAACAUGUUUUUCUUUAUUUCUAUUUGGAAGGAAACAAACUAGUCUUGAACUAAAUCAAACCUUGGCAACAAAAAACUAAAUCCGCGAUGAGGAAACUCAAAACGAUUCCUUAUCUGUCUAUUGGAGUUCAAAUUUGUCAGGUCUCAACGAGCUGAUUCCAGAAAGCAUUUAACCACCGCUGUGGUUUUAUGCUUCCCGGGAAACCGAGUCCUAUUAAUUGACCUAUACGUCACAUCCACAGCUCUGGUUUGAGCUCGAGUUUUUGGUUUCUCAAAGCCAUCCGUGUCACUAAUUGUUGGGUCGCGUUGUGUAAAGUUUACGGAGCCACCGAGGAGGAAUUUGGCGUAGCUGUGCAGCAGCAGCACUCCUGUUUUGUUACGUUAGCCCCCCUCUCUGUGUAAGUCACGCUGUUCACUUUCUAAGACAGAAAUUGAAGUCUUCGUGUUUGAAUCUAAACCCGCCGCGCGGCGGCAGCUGCUGCUGCUGCAGACGACAGUUACCAAAUUGUACCCGUGGCUGUUCAGCUGACUCUUAGUGCCACCUCGCUCUUUGGGAAACUGGCGCUCUGCUUCCACCACAAACAUUGACGCCCUUGUUUGCCAAAAAGCUUCUUUCAAGGGGUUUACACACACAACUUUAAAAAAAAAACAACAAAAAAAAGUAAAUGUAAAGCAAAUUUUUUCGCUCACUCUAUCCUGGAGAGUUACAUGAAGAGUCUUCUCAAAAAAAAAAUAUAUAUAUAUACACAAGUCAUUCCAGUUUAUUUGUUGAGUCUUUUUAACGGAUCUAGCCUGAACUCGUUUCACAGCAGGGGGCAGCUCGGCCUUUCUAGAGGACGCGAUGUCCUGUCUUACUGACAUCUCGGAGCAUCAGCUCCUCCAGAAAAAGCUGCAGAUUUUAUUAGAUUUAUACCUGCGACUAACCACAACCAGCUCUGCAUAGCACAGUGAGAUGCAGGACAGAAAGUGUGAACGUUCGGGGACGUAAUGGAUGCCCGAUUUAAUCCGCCCUGCUGUGGAACCAGGCUAGAAGGUGGGGCAGUUGACCUGCACCCAGGAUGUCCACGUUUCAUCCCUGAUCCACUGUAACAUUCGGACAGUUCAGUGGCAGAGGUUCAAUGCCCGCCCGCCCCCACGCACACUGUGUUCGCGAGCAGCAGAAUAUGUUGCUGCAUUAUUUACUUGAACGACUUUAGUGACGUUACAAAUAUAGAUUAAACUCUUCCGAACCGUAAUAAAUUAAAACGUGAAGCGACACUUUUGAUGUUUGAUCACUCGACGUUGGACCAGGCGCUCAGUGGGCAAUUUGAACAGAUUGUUGAUUCGUGUCUCUAAAAGAAUCAAUCUGAAGUUUAUUUACCAAUUUAGUUCCCUCAAAUUGCCCACUGGCUUUGACAAACGAGGCUGGACCAAGACAAUAAAACAUAUGCAAGUGUUGUUGUUUUUUGGUCAAGGAGUUAAAAAAAAAAAUCAGAGCAAAUAAAUACAACUCUACAGCAGGCUUUAGUUAUGUUCGAACUCUCUGAUAUUUCCCGUCUUCUAUGAUUUUUCAUGUUUGGGUCUUUUCCCUGAGUUCAGUUGGUAAGGGAGUUUAUUUUUUUGGGGAGGGGGGGACUAGUCGUAAUGCUGGAGGACUCGAGCAGACAGCAGGCCAACUUCUCGUGUUGUUGGCGAUCGGCGUGAGCCACCAGUUAAAGAAAAGGCGCCGAUGGCCACUUUGAAAUCAACAUGCAGUCUAAUUCGGGUUAAACUACUGUGACCAGAACUGUGUUUAAGUGUCCCAAUAGAUUUUUAGCACCGGUUAAACCAAUCGAUUUUUUUUUUCUUUUCCCGUGGCCAUGAUAUGAAUGAACACUUUAAUUUCUCCUGCAGCAACGGUGGAUGGCGUCCAUCAGGGGGGAGGGAUAACCAGCAGGAACCGUGCAAAUGACAAUCACUUAUGAAGGAUUUGCUCAAUUGAAAACUUUUACACAUCCACACAGCUCUUUAAGUUUACAUGUUUUCCUAACCAGCUGUCGCGUCCGGCAGUUUAACCGUGCACAUUUCAACUUGUGUCCUCCGUUAACGGAGGAGAAGGAUCUGCACAACUGAAGCAGUUGAGGAUUACGCUCUUUGAUUUUGGUACAGCGACCUUCAACCCCCCCCCUAAAAAGUUUCCACCCAGGUCAUUUCAAUAAUUCGCACUCUUAAGGCGCUGUUACAAAAUCAAAGGGUCCACCUUUAAAUAUUGACUGAAUAUGUCACACAGUCCCCACGUGAGAGGGGAUAUCUAUUAUUUACUUGAAUCCAAACACUUAGUAAUGCAGCUUGCGCGGUCUCUGGUGUUAAUAUUAAUGCGAAGUCCAGCCUAACUUCAGAGGCGUACUUUAAAGAAGGACGUACGGCUCGGUGUGGACGUCGCUGUGCCUUCUAACAGCCACUAGUGGGCAGAUAGAAUAAUCGUGACGCAGAUAGGAAUUAGUGAGUUACGCAGCAGGGGAAUCAUGGAAGUUUAUCUAGGUUUACCUCACUUCUCAUCUUGUUUAUAGAGCAAUCUUGUCAAGUAGUGUUGUUCAGAGUACACACACAUAUAUAUGCAAUGUAUUUAGGUCUUUUUCUAGGGCGGACAGGUUGUAUCUGUCGACGUUAAUUACUGCUUGAACUGUGUCGGAGCAACAUUUAACUACAACUGUGCCCCCAAAACCCCCGACGCCCCGUCCCCACCCGGCCACCACAGGGCACAAUAAGUGCAAUAGAGAUCGAUUACUCGUUUUCUAGUUUUGAGAUUCUGUGCACGAAAUUCGUGACACGUGCACGGCGCCUCGAGACGAUUGACUCGUGUUGGUUAGGGCUGGGUAUUUUAAAGUAGAUGCUUUAUACGACGCCGCCACGCGACAAUUUGUGCCGAUGAUAAUUGGAUUCCUGGCGCUUGUUGGUGGGUAGUUUUUGUUACAUUUGAGUUAAAUUUGUCAGUCGGUUGUUCUCGGUGCGAGGAUGAAGUUUCCUAAUUUGAAUUUGUCCCAAACGGAUGUCACCUGUACGGUCUUUAGUGCCAGCAUCGUGGUGAAGUGAAGGCCUUGUUUUUCCAUUCAUUGAAGCCAUAGUGAGCUCGUGUGAAUAAACAGAAACCCUCUGCGGUAACGUGACGUUUGUUUGGACCAUCGUCAGCUUUGCUUUUUGUUAGAAGUGGAUCGCGCUCGGUUCAUUCUCCAAGUUCUCAUUUAGAAAUCUGCACUUUAGUUGUUUUUUUGUGUGUGUGUGUGGGGUUUUUGAAUAUUUCCAAACCCCCUUUUUUGAUGCCUUAAAUUCAAGGGUGAUACCCAGCCCUAAUGGAGCAGAUCGUGAGGUUGGUUACACGUACGGCGUUUACCGUGGCAAGUUGAGCCCGCAUCACUACGGUAACUAACUCACCCAGCCAGGAGUGCUCCGAUCGCCGGCGAGAACAGUUUUAACGGUGCUAUGCUCCCACUGCUGCGGCCUGCAGGCCCCUCUGUUGUAGAAAGACUUGAAAGUUUUACAGAAAAUACUCGAGUUUAAUGUUCAACUGAAGUCUUCUGUAACACACGUCCUUCAAGGGAAAAAUUAAAAAAAAACCUCUGAGAGGUGUGAAGGAGCGAGUGAGUGUUUGAAGUGUAGCGCAGCCAGGUGUCAAAAAGAGGUUUCUCCACAGUUUAGAGUGUGUGUGUUUGGUGUGUGUGUGUGUGUGUGUUGCGUGGAAAGGUUCUUCCAGAUAUGAAACAGUUUUUUGUUUUUUGGGACCAGGUGGAGUUCUAGUUAACAGCAACCAUUUAAAAAAAAAAUUCAGCUGUUUGCACACAGAGUUCUCGAGUCUACUUUCGCUGCUAGUUUGUGUAAUUUAUCAAGCCUUUUUGGGGAAAUAUUUAUUUUUAUAAGCUUAAUACGAAAGUUGAUAUUUUACAAAGUGACUUGACCAAAAGACAGUAAACAAAAACA